AUGAAAUUUCAAUCAAAUCAAGCAGGGUCCAAUGCUUUUAAAAUAGUUAUCAUAUGGGUGUAUCCAAGAAAGAAUGGCAGAACACAAGCAAAACCAACAAAGCAAGGCAGGAGAGAAACAGAUAUUUAUCUUUCACCAACACAGCCGCCCACGCCCGAUAGAGGUGGUAAUAAUGAUGUGCAUGGAACGCCGCUAGAUCCUGUAUGGCAAGCGUCGCCACCAGCUAGCAGCAAGCGUGGGUUCAAAGAGGGGAUGACACAGCCAGCUGAGAAGGGUAGCCUGUCCAGUUCGAGCGAUUCCUCGAUAGUGCCAGCAGCCCAGAACAUGCAGGAUGGAGUUCACAUUCCUCAGUUCCGAUAG